GUGCGGUGGCGCUACUGAGUGGGUUGCAUUAUACUGUAAAAGCAAGGAUUGCAUUGUGUGGGUUAUCAUUGCUUUGUAAAGUACCUUUUGCGGCUGCCUGACUGACCUAUGCGGCACAAUGGACGAGAAAGGCAGAUGGAGGGCUGAUAUUAUUUUGUCUUUCAUUGCUGAGUUCAAACAGUAGUAUUUCUACCAGCUAAGCGCAGCCGUCACACCUGACAUCCUCGGCGCAGAAUCGACAAGGGCUCAUCCAUCGCGCAGCUCCAUUGUGGGAAUCGUUCAGGAUUUUGUUUGCUGAAUACAUAGCCGACAUAUCGUUCUAAUGUUCGGUGUUGGUUUUUAAAAUUUUUACGGGUUUUUUUUUUACUGAAAAUAACACAUUGAUAUUGUUUUCACAGUGCAGAGGCUUCAAAAGUGGGUAACUCUAGCUAACUGAACGGUGGCUGUGUCAGUUGGGUUUGAUGUCCUUCUAACGAAAUUAAUGUGAAGAUGUGGGUCAACCCGGAGGAGGUUUUGUUGGCCAGCGCGCUGUGGAUCACGGAACGAGCGAAUCCAUAUUUCAUCCUUCAAAAGAGAAAGGGACACGGAGAAGGAGGUGGAGGACUCGCGGGGCUGCUGGUUGGAACCCUCGACGUCGUCCUGGACUCCAGCGCCCGAGUCGCUCCCUACAGAAUCCUGUACCAGUCCCCCGACUCCCUGGUGUACUGGACCAUAGCCCACGGGAGCUCCCGAAAGGAGAUCACUGAGCACUGGGAAUGGCUGGAGCAGAACCUGCUGCAGACGCUCUCCAUCUUCGAGAACGAGAACGACAUCACCACCUUCGUCAAAGGCAAGAUUCAGGGUAUCAUCGCAGAGUACAACAAGAACCAUGGCAUCAAGGAGGAUGACGACACGGACAAGUUCAAAGAGGCCAUCGCCAAGUUUCGCAAACUCUUCGGAAUGCCCGACGAGGAGAAGCUUGUGAAUUACUACUCCUGCAGCUACUGGAAGGGCAAAGUUCCCAGACAGGGCUGGCUCUACCUCAGCAUCAACCAUCUGUGUUUCCACUCCUUUCUGCUGGGCAAAGAAGCCAAACUGGUCAUCCGAUGGGCAGACAUAACCCAGCUGGAGAAGAAUGCCACCAUGUUGCUGCCUGACAUCAUCAAAGUGAGCACCAGGUCGCACGAGCACAUCUUCUCCGUCUUCCUCAACAUCAACGAGACCUUCAAGCUCAUGGAGCAGCUGGCCAACAUCGCCAUGAGGCAGCUGCUGGACAACAAAGGCUUUGAGCAGGACCGCUCUCUGCCGAAACUCAAGAAGAAGUCGCCCAAGAAGGUGUCCGCUCUCAAAAGGGACCUGGACGCCCGUGCGAAGAGCGAACGGUAUAGGGCCCUUUUCAGACUACCCAAGGAUGAGAAGUUGGACGGUCACACCGAUUGCACGCUUUGGACACCUUUCAACAAGACACACAUCCUCGGCCAGAUGUUUGUGUCCACCAAUUACAUAUGCUUCACCAGUAAAGAGGAAACCCUAUGCAGCCUCAUCAUCCCAUUGAGAGAGGUGACUAUCGUGGAGAAAGCGGACAGCUCCAAUGUGCUCCCCAGCCCGUUGUCAAUCAGUACCAAAAACAGAAUGACCUUCCUCUUCGCCAACCUCAAAGACCGGGAUUUCCUCGUCCAGAGGAUUUCAGACUUCCUGCAGCAGACCACGUCCAAGAUUUACUGUGAAAGAGAGCUCACAGGCAGUUUCAACAGUUCUGAUGAGGAGGCCUACUCCCGCCAGAGCAGCCUCCUGUCCUGCAGCCCCCAGCCCAGCCUGGGCUCCGAGGCUGAGGGUGAUCGGCAGUUCAACCUCAACCACAACAGCGUCCCGACCGCCAGCCAGGCCCUCAUGACCAUGUACCGCAGGAGGUCGCCCGAGGAGUUCAACCCCAAACUGGCCAAGGAGUUCCUGAAGGAGCAGGCCUGGAGGAACCACUUCACCGAGUACGGACAGGGCGUGUGCAUGUACCGCACACAGAAGACCAAAGAGCUGGUCCUCAAGGGCAUUCCAGAGAACAUGAGGGGCGAGCUGUGGCUGCUCUUCUCAGGAGCCAUAAACGAGAUGACCACUCAUCCGGGUUAUUACGAGGACCUGGUGGAGAAGUCCAUGGGCAAGUACAACCUGGCCACGGAGGAGAUCGAGAGGGACCUGCACCGCUCUCUCCCCGAGCACCCGGCCUUCCAGAACGAGAUGGGCAUCGCCGCCCUGCGGAGAGUCCUCACCGCGUACGCCUUCCGCAACCCCAACAUCGGCUACUGCCAGGCUAUGAACAUUGUGACCUCUGUGCUGCUUCUUUACGCCAAAGAGGAGGAGGCCUUCUGGCUGUUGGUGGCCCUGUGUGAGAGGAUGCUCCCAGACUACUACAACACCAGGGUCGUAGGUGCGCUGGUGGACCAGGGUGUGUUUGAGGAGCUGGCCCGGGAGUACGUUCCCCAGCUGUACGACUGCAUGCAGGACCUGGGCGUGAUCUCCACCAUCUCGCUGUCCUGGUUCCUCACGCUCUUCCUCAGCGUCAUGCCCUUCGAGAGCGCCGUGGUGGUGGUGGACUGCUUCUUCUACGAGGGCAUCAAAGUCAUCUUCCAGCUGGCGCUGUCGGUGCUCGACGCCAACAUCGACAAACUGCUCAACUGCAAAGACGACGGCGAGGCCAUGACUGUCCUGGGCAGGUACCUGGACAGCGUGUCCAACAAAGACAGCACUCUGCCCCCCAUCCCCCACCUGCACUCCCUCCUCACAGACGACCGAGAGCCCCACCCGGAGGUGGACAUCUUCAAGCUGGUGCGCAGCUCCUACGAGAAAUUUGGCACCAUCCGAGCUGACGUUAUCGAACAGAUGCGCUUCAAGCAGAGGCUGAGGGUGAUCCAGACCAUCGAAGACACGACAAAACGCAAUGUGGUGCGAACCAUCGUGACUGAGACAGCCUUCAGCAUAGACGAGCUGGAGGAGCUCUACGUUCUGUUUAAGGCGGAGCACCUGACCAGCUGCUACUGGGGCGGCACUAGCAACCCCACCGACCGGCACGAUCCCAGCCUGCCCUACCUGGAGCAGUACCGCAUCGACCUGGAGCAGUUCAAGGGGCUGUUCGGCCUGCUCUUCCCCUGGGCCUGCGGGGCCAACUCGGACACGCUCGCCCUGCGCUUCUUCAGGCUGCUCGACCACAACGGAGACUCUCUCAUCAACUUCCGAGAGUUUGUCACCGGAUUCAGUGUGCUUUGUCAUGGCGACCUCGCUGAGAAGCUGAAAAUCCUCUACAAGAUGCAUGUCUUGCCUGAGGUGACGCCUGAACAAGACGAGCCGGACUCAGCCUUCGAAGCGACGCAGUACUUCUUUGAGGAUAUCACCCCGGAGACGUCCCACGGACUCGAUUCCAAGUCAAAGAACGAUAAGGACGAUGGUUUUGUCAGAGUGACCUUCAAGACUGAAAAAGUGAAGAAGAUGCACACCCCAGACUAUCGCACAUACUUACGCCUGUGGAACCAGGAGAACAAGUCCAAGCUGGAGAACAUGAAGGAACUGCCGAAGCUGAACCAGGGCCAGUUCAUCGAGCUGUGUAAGACCCUGUACAACAUGUUCAGUGAGGACGCCAGCGAGCAGGAGCUCUACCACGCCACCGCCACGGUGACCAGCCUGCUGCUGGAGAUGGGCGAGGUGGGCAAGCUCUUCAACAGCCCCUGCUGCAAGGAGGACGAGGAGGAGGAGGAGGAGGAAGAGGAGGAGCGCCGGGACGCCCGAGAGAGGUGCCGCGGCCAGGGGAAGGAGCGCCCCCGCUUCGCCCCGAAGCCGCAGGGGGGGGAGGAGGAGGGCGGGGCCGGCCAGGAGCGCCCCCCCUGCCCGCAGAUGGAGGACAUCAAGCUGGAGGACUCCUCGCCCAAAGACACGGCCGUCUCCUCUGCCAUGCUCAUCUCCGACGACGAGACCAAGGACGACACGUCCAUGUCGUCGUACUCCGUGCUGAGCGCCGGCUCGCACGAGCUGGAGGACAAGCUGCACUGCGAGGACAUCGCCGACGACACGGUGCUGGUGCGCGCCGGUCACCACGGCGACGGCCUGCCCCACAGCGCCAGCAUCGACAAGGACUGGGCCGUCACCUUCGAGCAGUUCCUGGCGUCGGUGCUGACCGAGCAGGCGCUCGUGCUCUACUUCGAGAAGCCGGUGGAGGUCGCGGCGCGCAUCACCAACGCCAAGAACGUGCGCAAGGUCGGCCCCCUGACGUCCGCCAGCGACUACGAGAUCUCCUCUCUCUCCGGGUGAACAACCCCGCCCUUAAAACUACGUUCUCUCGCGUUCCGUUUUCGCCCUCAGACCUGUGGGAACGUUUGACGGGUCGUCUCUAAACCGUGUGAUUUGUUUGUGUAUGUGUUCCACUGUUGCAUCUCAUUGACUGUCUGGUCAUAGGAGGACUCUCUCUCUCUAGCCACGUGAAAGUCACUUAUUGACAUAUAUUUAUAAUAAGCGGAAUACAAGGUUUGAUGCUCUGCUUCAUAAAGACUGUAACUGAGGUUUACUUGUUAAGACUGUUAUGUUUCCCACAAAGGAUCCAGCAGUUUGACACAUAGCCAUAGAGUAGAAAAAGGGUUUGUCGUUGACUUAGUACAGGAAGGGCAAUCCUUCUAAAUGUGUCUUCAAUAUACUAAAUGAGCUUGUUCUAAUUUAUAUGGAGUAAUGUACAGUAUAAUACUGUACUAUAAUAACCUCUUUGAUCAUGUCAGGCUAUGUAUUCUGUCUUUGUGAUCUGCAAUUACUCUUUAACUACAAAGGAAACUGUAAUGAUGUCCACAGCUGCAUCUACUGUAAUAUGAAAUGUAAUUCCGUGGUUUGACUACAUAUCCACUUUGUAUAGAUUAAUGUUAUUAGCUGUUGGUUGAAAUGUUGUUUUAAACAGGAGCACCCGCACUUUGAUUCAGUUUUUUCUUUGUCAGAAAAGGUUUACAUUUCUUUCUCUCUUUUAUUAUGCCUUUGCUCGUCCUUUCAGACUUUUAUUCUGAAUCUGUACACUCAUAGUGAAAUCAGCUGGUCUUUUUUUGCUGUAUUUUAAACUGCUGUGUUUGUUUCAUUGUGAAUAUUUUAAACAUGUAUAUGGUUUCAAAGCUACUUCAGCUAAUAAAAGAAUGUAGAAGGAAUGAUUUAAUGCUACAAAUCUACAAAA